UUAUACGUUGGCUGAAUCAGCGCCACCUACUGAAAACAAAAAUGGUGGCCAACAAUAUGCCCUAUCCCUGCCCUGGUUUUAUAGCACGCCAAAUGUCUGCGUUCUCUAGGCUUCUUUCUACUAUGUAUUUCCAUCCGUCUGAUAUACCCAAUUUCAAUGUGAACAAAGGGAAUCAUUUCCUCGCGGUCGACCCUAUCUUACGUGCUAAAUAAGUGAGGCUACUUCUAACCAAACCGAAGGUGAUCCAAAACUCGAAUAAUUUCGCGAAAUUAUAACCGCAUCAGCUCGAUUUGUCGUGUCAUUCACCUUAUAUAAUGAAACACGAAAUAAACAAUCUAGCAUUGUGGCAAUGCAGUAAGGAGCAAAAUCCUAUAUGCUUUACUAAUACAAAGCGCAAGAUAGAUGUUUUUAUUUUGCUACAUGCUGCGUACGAAUUACGUAAAAAAAAUUUCCUGUCGUAACAUCUACCAUCAAAAUCAUUUAAUAUGUUUAAUGAAAUGUCAAAUAAUCACAGGGUCAUAUUAGGUUGUUGAAUUUUACAUAAACUGGUAAUGACAGAUAGAACAAACACAAUGAGGUUGGAAGCAGAAAUGGCUGCUCCUUUGCAUUUACAGAGAUUGGAACGUAGUCUUAAUGUACAGCCCUUUCUAAGGCAAAUUAAUGAAUUAUUCCAAGAUCCAACUAGCGAGGAUGACAAAUCUGUAUCAUCAGAAUCUUCUGAAGAAUCAGACAAUUAUCUUGAUAAUAUACUGAUUCGAAAGGAAGAGGAAAGAAUUAAUAAACUGAGGCUGUAUAACAUGUCAAGUGUUGGAGAAGAACGACGUUGGUUGCAGGAUAUUCUAUUAAGUGAUUCAUCAGAUAGUUCAGCUUCAGGAUCUGAUACAGAUAAUCCCAUUACGGAAGAAGAUUUUCAAGAAAUGUUGAAGUUUCACAUACUCAGAAAAAAGUAUCAAGCACGCUUUUACCAAAAACCAGAGAAUAUUCAAUAUCAAUAUUAUAGUGCUGGUUUAUUAUCCAAUUAUGAUAGGUUUCUAGAACAUCAAAAAUUAAUAGUUGGAAAUAAAAAGAAAAAAGAAAAGAAACCAGAAAAAAAAGUUAUGAAAAUAAAAAAAGAAAAAAUACCACGCCAUAGAUCCUCGGAGGAUUAUCCGGAAGGCGAUUACCCAGAUGAAGAUUGGGAUCGUACGAUUCCACGAGAAGAAGAAUUAGAUGAAGCUGAAUUAGAAGCAAUAAUGCGUCAUCAACCACGUCAACGUGGCCGAAAAAAACAUAACAAUAAAAGUCCAGAAGUGAUGGCAAUGAGACGAAGAAAGAUUUGGGUAAUGAUGUCUAAAAAAGAACUGGGAAAAGUACAAAGAGCAAAAACCAAUAAUCAUAAGGAAAUAUUAAUUAGUUGUAAAAAAGUAGCACAACAUUGUAUGAAAUAUUGGAGACAAAAAGCUAUGCAAUCUCAAAAGAACAUGAAAGAGACAAUAUGGAGAGCUAAACGUCUCACAAGAGAAAUGCAAUCUUACUGGAAGCGUUAUGACCGAGUUGAACGCGAAACAAGAAGAAGACUUGAGAAAGAAGCUGAAGAACAGCGAAAAAUGGAUGUAGAGCUUAUUGAGGCAAAACGACAACAAAGAAAAUUGAACUUUCUUAUUACACAAACUGAACUUUAUGCUCAUUUUAUGUCUCGAAAAUUAGGGAAAGCUUCUCCGGAAGAACAAUUGCGGAUUUUAAAUCAAUUAGACGAAGAAAAAAAUCCAAGACUUGUUGGAAUCGAUGAUUACGAUAGUGAAGUUAUGAAACAAAAAGCAAAAAAGAAUGCUACUGAGGCAUUUGAUAAUGAAAAAGCUCGAGCAAAACAGUUUGAUACAGCAGCCGCAUCCCAAGAAUUACGGCUUAGUGAUACACCUGAAAAUUUAGAACAUCCACAACCUUCGAUUUUUAAGGGAAAUCUUAAAGGUUAUCAGUUAAAAGGAAUGAAUUGGUUAGCUAAUUUAUAUGAUCAGGGUAUUAGUGGAAUUUUAGCAGAUGAAAUGGGUUUGGGGAAAACUGUACAAUCCAUAGCAUUUUUGUGUCAUGUUGCUGAAAGAUAUUCUGUAUGGGGACCAUUUUUAAUCAUAUCACCGGCUUCAACGUUGCACAAUUGGCAACAAGAAAUGGCACGAUUUGUACCAAUGUUUAAAGUAGUUCCAUAUUGGGGAAAUCCACAAGAACGUAAAAUACUAAGACAGUUUUGGGAUACUAAAGAUCUACAUACGAAAGAAGCUUCAUUUCAUGUAGUGAUAACAAGUUAUCAAUUAGUUAUUACUGAUUACAAGUACUUUAAUAGAAUAAAGUGGCAAUACAUGAUUCUAGACGAAGCACAAGCUAUAAAGAGUACUAGCAGUAUGAGAUGGAAAUUGUUACUUGGAUUCAGUUGUCGUAAUAGAUUAUUACUUAGCGGUACACCCAUUCAAAACAGCAUGGCAGAAUUGUGGGCAUUAUUACAUUUUAUAAUGCCUACUUUAUUUGAUUCGCACGAUGAAUUUAACGAAUGGUUUUCUAAAGAUAUCGAAAGUCAUGCAGAAAACAAGACAGGAAUUGACGAGAAACACUUAUCGAGGUUACAUAUGAUUUUGAAGCCUUUUAUGCUGCGUAGAAUAAAGAAAGAUGUAGAAAAUGAAUUAUCUGAUAAAAUUGAAGUAAUGGUAUAUUGUCCUCUUACUACUCGUCAAAAAUUACUUUAUUCAGCAUUAAAAAAGAAGAUUAGAAUAGAAGACCUCUUGCAUUAUACAGUGGGUGGAGACACUGCAUCUAAUGACAAAAAUUUCACAUCGAAUCUUAUGAAUCUAGUCAUGCAAUUCCGAAAGGUUUGCAAUCAUCCAGAACUUUUUGAGCGUAGAGACGCGAGAUCUCCAUUGUUCAUGCACACUGAAUGUUAUGAAAUGCCUGCAUUAUUAUAUAUAGAAGGAUUGAGACAUCUCUCGUCUAAAGAUCACUUGUAUAAUAAGCUGUUCAUAUUUGCUACUGAAUAUAUACAUUGGACUCUUCACGGUGGCAAUGAAAAUUUUUCUCAGAAUUCUUUUUCCUUUAGUAGAUUUAUUAACUUGUCUCCAAUGGAAAUGAAUCAAGUAUUUAUCGUUGGAAUUAUAUUCAGAUUGUGUCUUGCUACUGUAAUGGAGAGGAGAAUAAGAAUGAUGCAUUAUUGGGAAGAUUGGAAUGCUGAUGAAAGAACAGAAAUACCUAUGAACCACAUGUUUCUUUUGCCUAGAAAAAUCGACGACUCGCAUUCAUUGCAGGAUUUAAUAUUUACAAGAAAGAUUAUCGAAGGAGAACCUGUAUAUACGCAUACAACUCAUGUUAUUCAUUCAAUGCCUGAAACCGUUGCUCAUCGAAUUUUACGUAGCAGUAAAAAAGCUGCUAAUCAAUCACUGAAGAGAAUGCUUCCCUCUACUAAAGUUGAACAAGAAGAGUCAAAAGUGACUUUGUUACCAGAACAUCCUCAUUUUCCUAGGUCACCAAUAAUGCGGCAUUGUCAACAGACAACCAUUCCAGCUUUCAUUUGCGAUACUUUUCCUAAGGUACAAGCUAGUCCCCGAAAAUUGUAUGUUAGCAAUAGUUCUGCAGCGUGCGCUUGGAGAAGACACGAAGAAUGUGGCGGAAAAUUUGGUCAACGACUUCUCUGGCUUGGUUGUGAACGAGCUCUUUCUGUCGCAUCGUUACAAGAGAACUCAAGCUUUCAUAUAUCACAGAUGACAUCAACAUUUUCUGUGGAACCACGUGGUGGAAUUUCUGCAUGCACUCCCAUAAACGGAUGGUCAAAUAUUAUUGUACCAGAUAAGCAAACCUUAGUGACAGAUGCUGGAAAACUUUCUGUCUUGGAUAGUCUUUUACGUCGUCUUAAAGAACAGGGUCAUCGAGUCCUUAUUUAUUCUCAGAUGACAAAAAUGAUCGAUUUGUUAGAGGAGUACAUGUAUCAUAGAAAACAUACCUUUAUGAGAUUAGACGGUUCUUCUAAAAUCUCAGAUCGACGAGAUAUGGUUGCAGAUUUUCAAAAAAGGGCGGACAUAUUCGUCUUUCUGCUGAGUACUCGAGCUGGAGGCCUGGGAAUAAACCUCACUGCCGCAGACACGGUAAUCUUUUACGAUAGCGAUUGGAAUCCAACGGUGGAUCAGCAAGCUAUGGAUCGGGCCCAUAGACUCGGUCAAACGAAACAAGUUACGGUAUAUCGAUUAAUUUGCAAGGGAACUAUCGAGGAAAGGAUACUGCAACGUGCUCGAGAAAAAAGCGAGAUACAACGCAUGGUGAUUAGCGGAGGAAACUUCAAACCAGACACGCUGAAGCCCAAGGAAGUCGUUUCCCUUUUAUUGGACGACGAGGAAAUUGAAGCCAAAUACAGCCAACGGAGCGAGGAGAGAAAGCAGCACGCGGAGGAUGCCCGACUUGAGUCGAACCUAUACUAUAAAGAGAGAGACCGGAAGAGGAAGUUAACCGCGCUUCCGGUCAAGGGUGACGCGAAGAAGCCUUGUUUGUCCGAUGCGAAUGGCGAUAAAAUUGGCGAUAUUGUUCAAGCUAAUUCUAACGAAAGCAGUCAAGCCGGUGGUGUCCAAUCGUAUCAAAUUAACAAUCACCAACAGAUUCUCGAUAACAUGGACGACUAUAGCGUUCCCACCAGUCCUGUUAAAUCAGAGGAUGAGACGAGCAAUGACGGCCUGGUUGUCGAUGUGGAUGGUCCAGUGGGGGCAUCCUCCGGUGACAACCGGCAAUCACGAGCGAAUCAGUUUGGAGAUGCUGGAAAAGUCAGUCGUCUCGAUCACCACGUGUCUUUCAGUAGCGGAAGCAGCGUUCGGAUAAGGCCUACGAUUCGUGGUACUAGCAAGAGGGGAAGACCUCGGGGUUCUCGUAGAGGAGGGCCCGUUGGUGGGAAGGGUCGGGGCCUUCUUUUGCUUCAUCCACCGUCUAAGGGUCUUGGAAGCAAUCCUCAAUCACCAACAUCUUUAUCUCCAACCAGUAGCAGUACUACCAGCGAUCAAGCUUUACAACACGUGGUGCAAGGAACGUCCGGGCCGAUAGAAGGCGAUGGUCCCAGUUCUGUAGGUCCAUUGGGUCCAGUGGGCACAUUGGGUUCCCUCCCAGGCAGAGGAAGCGCGCCAGCGAUUCGACGAGGUCCAGGACGACCGCGAUUAAGGCCAACGGGUCCUGCCCAUCAAGGAUAUCGUACUCCCGGUCACCAUCAUAGUCGGAAGGUGCAACGGCCGCUUCCGGUCCCUCUGAGGUCCCAACAGACGAUCACCAGCGUGAAUCAACAAAAAUCUUCGGUACAACGAGCCUCGGGAUCCGGCCCGUCGGUGACCUCUCCGUCAAUCAGCACCGGCACGUCGUUUUCUUCACCGACCGGCGAGUCCAGACCAUUCGGAUUCUACACGCAACAACAACAGCAGCAACAACCACGAAGAUCGUCCUAGCUUUCGGAGGGAGAGUUCCUCCGUGUGAUUCUCGAAGGAGAUUCCUGAAAAAGAAAAAAAAAAAAACAAAAAACAAAAAACUGCGGAAGUAAAAGUUCAGGG